AUGUUGUUGGACGAUUUUCAGGGAGAAUCGUGUGAUGCACUGCUGAUGGCCGACUCCUAUCGAUUCUACGAUGACGUGCCCGUCGGAUUCCAGCCGAGCACGCCCGGCAACCCGGACAAGGACAUCAGCUACGUGCCCGGUGAAACGGCGGGUUCGCAAUGCGAAGACGUCAUCUUCUACCCGUCAAACGAUAUGGGCAGGCAUCGACUCGGUUUCAAGGGCCGCAUCUACUGCACGAACGUGCGCCUGUGCUUCGUCCCGUACGCCAAGGGCGAAAAGCGUUCCCUCCCCCGCCGUUUCGUGCCGUUCAACGAUCAGCUGGACGUGCCCCUCGUCUCGGUUCACAAAAUCUUCGUCUCCGAGCCCUCCUCAUCGCAUGGGCUCGUCGACGUGGAGCAGUUGAAAUUCCGGGAGAUGACGUCGUCGGUGUCGAGCAUGGAUAUCGUCUACGUGCUGCGGCUGAUUCUCAGGGAUCUGCGCGUGGUGGUGGUCGAUCUAUCCGAAUCGCAGAAUGCGGCCAACGUCGCGAAUCAUGUUCUCCACUUCUCGCGCCCCUCAUCCCCCCUGCAUAUCCCUCAAUGCGGUCAGCUGCCCGUGCUGUACUCGGAUGCGUUCGACUGGGAAAACGAGAUAAAGCGCUGCCGACUGGGGCGACAGGACAAAUGGCGCGUGGCCGGCCUCGUCAGCGAGGAGUUGCGCCAGCCCGUCUAUAGCUACCCAAUGCACGUGGUGGUCUGCGCCGAGCUCGUCAAGGCCGACAUGGAUCGGAUGAUUCCGCUUUGGAGGGGCGGACGGUUUCCGAUCUGGGUGUGGAGUCAUCACAACGGGGCAUCGCUGCUACGAUCCGCGUUUCCGGAAAAUAACGAGAACGCUGAGAAGGAACAGCAGAGCUUAUGGCAACUGAUCGGUCGUGCUUCUCCCCAGCGUGAUGUGCACGAAAUUCGGGUUCCGCCAGAGUACGGCCCGGCCCGGAUCGCCAAGUCAUUCGACGCGUUGCGUAGGCUGUGUACGAUAGACUCAGCUACCGUAUUCUCUGGUGCCGAAGAAGACUGGGCGGGUCUAGUGAAUGAUUCUCAAUGGCCACGUCUCGUCAAUUUCUGCAUGAAAAUGGCCGCCGAGGCCCUUCAUCAUAUCCAUCAACUCGGACAGACCGUCAUUGUUGUCGAAGAAGACGGCCGCGAUUUGUCAGCGAUAAUCUGUUCCCUGGUGGAGUUGUGCCUUCGCGAGGAAUGCCGUAGGGAUAUCGGCCAAUUUCUGCUCCUCAUCGCAAAGGAAUUCUGCGCGCUGGGCCAUCCAUUCGGUGAUCGAUCGCUGUCCCCCCACGGCACAACGCCCACAUUCCUGCUAUUCCUCGACGCUGUUCAUCAACUCUUCAACCAGGCCCCCAACGAAUUCGGCUUCUCCCCGCAUCUCCUUCUUGCCCUCUGGGAUGCGUCGAUUUCCGGCUUCUUGCCCCCAUUCACCUGCAAUUCGGCCGUCGAGCAGAACGAGUUUGGCGGCGCCUCGGCGUUGUGUCCGUCGGAUCCGGCGGGUUGUCUGCGUCGCCUCUUCACCGACGAGUACCGCACCCUGUUCCGCAACGUCCGCUUCGAGGCCGCGUAUUUUCUCGGGAAACAGACAAACACUUCCUAUCUUCUGCCAUGGGAUCGUCCGCUGCGUCCGCGCCCUUCACCCGUCCACUAUCGCUUCUGGACCGGCUUCUUCUUGCGGUGGAACCCGGCGGCAAGCAUCGAGGGCGGUGGCCAACUGGCGGCAGAUCGACGUCUCGAUGAAGUGAUGGCAGAGUUGUAUGGAAAUAAGUGGACACGAAUCUUCGGAGAACUCGAUGGACAGAAAGCGAGCACGUCAUCCUCGUAUCCGUAUACGGGAAUCGAGACCGAUCACGUCAGCCGGUACGAACGCGCGAAUGACGAUGACUCGGAUACACGAUCAUUAUCCGCACUCUCGAUCAGUGGCAUCACAAAGCGUGUCCCGUCGGACGAUGCGCGCAGCCUCCGCUCCAAGCUCUCCAUAAAAAUGCCGAGAAUUGCCAAGAAAUUCCAUUCGCCGACCCCGAAACACAAGAAAUCGACGCAGCAUCCCGAGGAAUCCCCGGGA